GAGCAGUACACAAUUUUCAGAAUUCUCCACCAUUUAACCCCCUCUUCAUCUUCUUCACACAACUUGUCUUCAAAACAAACUUCCAUUUCCAAAACCCCAAAUCAAAAUUCAUACUUCAUUUCCCUCAAACAUGAAGCUUCUCAAAUCCUUAAACCCCAACCGUCUCUUCUCUUCCAAAUCCCACCGCUCCAAACUCUCCCGAUCUCAACCUCCUUCUUUCGGCUCCGCCUCCUCCUCCUCCUCCUCCUCCGCGGCAGGAACCCCCACCAGCGUUCUACCCUCCCUCGACUGGUCCGAUUUCUCCGACCCCACUCUCUCUCGUAAAGAACUAAAGGCUCUACUCGGCCUAAUCGGAGCCGAACCGCCGAGUGAGGAAGAGAUUAAGAUCAUGAUGGGCGAAAUGGACCGGGUUGGACCGACUUGCCACUCCGAGUUACGUGAUACGUUUGAGAUAUUCGACGCGGACCACGACGGGAGAAUUACGGCGGAGGAGCUUUUUAGUGUGUUCGCAGCUAUGGGAGACGAUGGGUGCACGUUAGAGGAUUGUCAGCGUAUGAUAGCAGGUGUAGACAAAAAUGGGGAUGGGUUCGUCUGCUUCGACGACUUUGUGCGUAUGAUGGACUGCCAGAGAUAAAUCCAAUCAACGCCUUUCAUUUUUUUUUUCUUCUUUUAAACUCUUUUCUUAUUAAAUAUAAUAAUGAUGAUAAUAAUUUUGAGAAAGAAAAGAAAAAGAAAAAUGGAUGUUUGUGUUUAUGUGUUGUUGAUGCAAAGUAUAUAAAAUCGGCAGUAAGUCGUCGGAUCGGACAUUGGUCUAAUUCAUCAUUCCUUUCUCCAA